GAUGUUAAUAGUUCACCCAUUCAGUUCAAGGAAUGGACAGAUCUUUCCCCGAUCUUGCCCUGUGUCACAGUCGAACCGUGGUGAUCAUUCCUUUUCUCUCGACCUUUUCUGGAGAAAUUCCUUGUGCGCCAUUCCUUCUUUUCAGCCCGCAGACAGCGUAACAUAAAUCGCAAACAAUACGACGAUUGGAGGUCAUCUUGGAGAUUUGAGAGGUAGUUUUUGAAGGGGGUUUAAACUUAGUCGUGAUACUUUCUAAGCUUUAUAAGUUAUGCACAGUGUUCUUCUCUGCACACAAAUACUAGUUGCACAAUUUGUAUCUCUAAUGAAUGGCUUUAAUAUAACUCGUAAGAAUGUCUUCAAAGUCAUUUGCAUAAUGCAUAGAAUGAGAGAAAGAGAUUGUUCUUGCUCUGAACUGUAUUUUUCCUACUGCAUCUACAAGUCCCCCACAUAAUUUAUUUUAUCAAGUCAAUACUUAAGUAGUGUUUUAUUUUUCCUUUGCAGAUGAGGGCCAUUGGGAAAGUGUCCUUUCAAUUGAAGGCGCUCAGCAUAUUCCCAAGUAAAUUUAAAUGUCAGAUCCGUGGACAUAGGGUAUCUCGUCCUCAAAACUUUACUGGCUAUGAGAGUAUCAAACAACAAUACAGCCCCCAGAUACCUGAGUACUUCAACUUUGCAAAAGAUGUGCUUGAUGUGUGGGCAGAGAAAGAAAAGGUACAGUAUACCUUGUUUAUCUAACCUUCAACUUCCGUUGCCAGUGCUUGACUUGGAUGCCAGCUCCUGCCCAAGUCAAGCACUGUCCGUUGCAUAAAUUGUCAUGGUGGAAUGAAAAAAUGGUAACACUUGACUUGAACCCUCUGACUGUGACAUAGUUGUUAUAACUCGUAAUGACGUGUUGUUAUGUCAGUGUUAUGACAACAUCAUCAUGAUAGCAUAUUUGACAUAUCAUUCAUAUUGGCAGAGGGAUAUGUUCAGCAUUAAACUUUACGGUUUCAGAUUAACUAAAAUGUAAAUGUGAAAUCACCAUUGUUUAUUUCAGAAAGGAGAGAAAGCAUCUAACCCUGCCUUCUGGUGGGUGAAUGACAGAAAGCAGGAGGUGAGGUGGAGUUUUGAGGAGCUGGGCUUCCAUUCCAGAAGACUGGCCAACGUUCUGUCAGGUGCCUGUGGUCUCAACCAGCAGGACAGGGUGUUUCUGGUACUACCCAGGGUUCCAGAGUGGUGGCUCGUCAAUGUGGCCUGUCUCAGAACAGGUGAGCUAGAAAAGAUCUAAUCAAGAAUUCCAAGACUUCAUAAUAGAUUGAAUAAAGAUUGCAUUGUCUAGACCAGUGAUAUUGAAACUUUUUCAGCGGGGACACCAUUUUUUUUUGCCAGAAUUUCUGGGGACCCCAUUUUUUUCACCAGAAAUUCUGGCGACCCCACCACACCCCAAAUCUUAAAAUUGGUCAGUUUUGAUUUUCACAUCAACAAACUUCAAAUCAUGACAUUUUAAUCUCUCUAAGAGAACCAAUACAUACAUUUACUCAAUACAAUUUUAUUUGUCAAAUUAUCUUUUUCACUAACGUUUGUAUAUUGUUCCCAUAAAAUAAUCUGUACUGUUAAUUUUUGGUUCCCCCCAAAAUAAAAUAAAAACGUUUUAUUUAUUUUUAUUUGGCGACCCCACUGAAAUUCCCCCGCUACCCUGACUUUGAAAACUGUUUAGUGCAAUAAAUAAACUCGUAGUCCUCUCACUGUCAACUACGUUUAUUUUCAGCAAACUUAACAUGUGUAAAUAUUAGUAUGAACAUAACAAGAUUCAACAACUGAGACAUGAACAACUGAACAAGUUCCACAGACAUGUAACUAACAGAAAUGGAAUAAUGUGUCCCUGAACUAAGGGGGGUCAAAAUCAAAAGUAACAGUCAGUAUCUGGUGUGGCCACCAGCUGCAUUAAGUACUGCAGUGCAUCUCCUCCUCAUGGACUGCACCAGAUUUCCCAGUUCUUGCUGUGAGAUGUUACCCCACUCUUCCACCAAGGCACCUGCAAGUUCCCGGAUAUUUCUGGGGGAAAUGGCCCUAGCCCUCACUCUCUGAUCCAACAGGUCCCAGACGUGCUCAAUGGGAUUGAGAUCCGGCCUCUUCGCUGACCAUGGCAGAAUACUGACAUUCCUGUCUUGCAGGAAAUCACGCACUGAACGAGCAGUAUGGCUCGUGGCAUUGUCAUGUUGGAGGUUCAUGUCAGGAUGAGCCUGCAGGAAGGGUAUCACAUGAGGGAGGAGGAUGUCUUCCCUGUAAUGCACAGCUUUGAGAUUGCCUGCGAUGACAGCAAGCUCAGUCCGAUGAUGCUGUGACACACCGCCCCAGACCAUGACGGACCCUCCACCUCCAAAUCGAUCCCGCUCCAGAGUACAGGUCUCGGUGUAACACUCAUUCCUUCGACGAUAUACGCGAAUCCGACCAUCACCCCUGGUCCACUCGUCAGUGAAGAGCACUUUUUGCCAGUCCUGUCUGGUCCAGCGACGGUCGGUUUGUGCCCAUAGGCGACGUUGUUGCCGGUGAUAUCUGGUGAGGACCUGCCUUACAAGAGGUCUACAAUCUUCAGUGCAGCCUCUCUCAGCCAAUUGCGGACAGUCUGAGCACUGAUGGAGGGAUUGUGCGCUCCUGGUGUAACUCGGGCAGUUGUUGUUGCCAUCCUGUACCUGUCCCGCAGGUGUGAUGUUCGGAUUUACCGAUUCUGUGCAGGUGUUGUUACACGUGGUCUGCCACUGUGAGGACGAUCAGCUGUCCGUCCUGUCUCCCUGUAGCGCUGUCUUAGGCGUCUCACAGAACGGACAUUGCAAUUUAUUGCCCUGGCCACAUCUGCAGUCCUCAUGCCUCCUUGCAGCAUGCCUAAGGCACGUUCACUCAGAUGAGCAGGGACCCUGGGCAUCUUUCUUUUGGUGUUUUUCAGAGUCAGUAGAAAGGCCUCUUUAGUGUCCUAAGUUUUCAUAACAGUGACCUUAAUUUUUGCUGAGUUUAUGUUUGGGGCAAUACAAUACAAAUAGUUUUGGAGAACAGCUGCUAAAUUAGUAAACAUUUCUAAUAUAAAUGCGAUACCUAUUUGGUCUCCUGACCUGAACAGGAAGAACGUAGAACCUUAUUUAUUCCAGUCCCUUGUUAUUAGCUAUGGCUAGGGCCCCAAGACUUUCCUUCAGGAAAAACUCCUGUCCUUGGUGAAGUCCCAUGUCUCCCACAGGAACAGUGCUGCUGCCAGGCACCUCUCAGCUGACAGCCAGGGACAUCCUCCACCGGCUGCAGACCUCCGGCGCCCGCUGUGUCAUCACAGACGAGUCCCUGGCCCCCCUGCUCGAUGCCGUGGCCUCUCAGUGUUCCAGCCUGCAGCAUAAAAUACUGGUGUCCCCCACCAAGAGAGAGGGCUGGAAGAACUUUGGAGAUCUGGUGAGGUAAAGAUAAUAACUUAGGUCAGAAAUAAUUCCCUAGACACCUCAUAGAAAGGAUCAUAUAUUUAUAUAUUUCCUAAUUCCAUUCUUUUACUUUUAUAUUUGUGUGUAUUGUUGUGAAUUGUUAGAUACGACUGCACUGUUGGAGCUAGGAACACAAGCGUUUCGCUACACCAGCAAUAACAUCUGCUAAAUAUUUGUAUGUGACCAAUACAAUUUGAUUUGAUUUGAAUGGGCUCAUAAUGGCUCCAGUUCACUGUGUUUGAUAUAUUGGUUUGGUCUAUCUACACCUUGCUUGUUACUUUCAGCACCUCGGUACUGACCAAACUCUCUCCAUAGGAAUGCGUCCAGCGACCAUGAGUGUGUGGAGACUCGCAGUGAUGACCCUAUGACCAUCUUCUUCACCAGUGGGACCACAGGGUCACCUAAGAUGACCCAACACAGCCACAGCAGCUAUGGGAUAGGCCUUACUGUCAACGGAAGGUAGUUCCUCCAACAUUAAUCUCGGUUAACCCAGAUGUUUACGUAGUCUGUCCAUGAGAGAUUACUUCAACAUAAUAAUAACCAUAACCUUAACCACAACCAAAACCACAACACAACCAUAACAUAAUUAGAACCAUAACAUAACCAUAACCACACCACAACCAUAACAUGGGUUAAACUUAGAUUGCACUGACACUAAUUGCUUAGGAUUUUUUGGUCAUUUUAUUAGGAUCCGCAUUAGCUGUUGUGAAAGCAGCAGCUACUCUUCCUGGGGUCCACACAAAACAUGAAACAUGACAUAAUACCCAUUGAACUGAACCCUAAUUGCGGUUUAUCUCUGUCCUACUCCCUCCCUCCCUCCCUCCCUCCCUCCCUCCCACUCUGUCUGUGUGGAGGUACUGGUUGGACCUGACAGAGAGGGAUGUCCUGUGGAACACAUCCGAUACAGGCUGGGCCAAGUCUGCCUGGAGCAGUGUUUUUGCCCCCUGGAUCCAGGGAGCCUGUGUCUUCAUCCACCAUAUGCCCCGCUUUGACAGUCACACUGUACUAGAGGUGUGUGUGUGUGGUGUGUGUGUGGGUGUGUGUGGUUGUGUGUGGUGUGUGGUGUGUGUGUGUGUGUGUGUGUGUGUGUGUGUGUGUGUGUGUGUGUGGUGUGUGUGGUGUGUGUGGUGUGUGUGUGGUGUGUGUGUGUGAUGUGUGUGCGUGUGUGUGUGUGUGGUGUGUGUGUGUGGGUGUGUGUGUGUGUGUGUGUGUUGUGUGUGCGUGUGUGUGUGGUGUGUGUGGGUGUGUGUUGAUUGUGUGGUUUGUGUGGUCGUGUGUGUGUUGUGUGUGUGUGUGUUGUGUUUGUGUGUUGUGGUUGUGUAAUGUUUGUGUGGUGUGUGUGGUGUGUGUGUGUGUGGUUGUUGUGUUUGGUGUGUGUGUGGUUGUGUGGUGUGUGGUGUGUGUUGUGUGUGUGUGUGUGUGUGUGUGUGUUGCAUGUGUGUGUGCAUGUGUGUGUGUGUGGUGUGUGUGUGUGUGGUGUGUGUGUGCGUGUGGUGUGUGUGUGUGUGUGUGGUGUGUGUGCGUGUGUGUGUUCAUACACCAUAUGGUCUGAAAACAACACCUAUUCCCUUACCUCAUUGAUGUCAGCACAUCUGAAGGAAGUGGAUUGCUUCAGAUCUGCAUACACUGCAUUUGACCACUAGAUGGCCCUGCAUGUCCAUUCUCACUCCAUAGAACCCCUCUCUGUGUCUUCUACUGCCUGUGUGUCCAUGGCUAGGUUAAUACUGAAUGUAGUGGGGAAAUGUUGUUAUUUCAUGUCAUUACAGAUACUGAUAUUUCAUGUGUUUUUCUUUGAAGACUCUCUCCAGCUACCCCAUAUCCACAUUCUGCACGGCUCCAACUGCUUAUCGAAUGCUAGUGCAAGAGGACAUGUCCAGGUAUUUGCUUCUACACUGAUUAAAUAAUGUCCCGAUUAAGAUUAAAACCAAAUCAUUAUUAACAUCUGAGACAUCUCUUCUUGUCAGUUAUAAUUUCAGCAACUUGCAGCAUUGUUUGUGUGCUGGUGAGCCCAUCAACCCAGAGGUGAUGGGGAAGUGGAGGGAUGCCACUGGACUGGACAUCUACGAAGGAUAUGGACAAACUGAAACUGUGAGUUACGUUCGAGAUGAUUAAAGGUUGCACAAAGAAUGGUGUCUUAGCUUCUCUGUCAUUUCACUUCCAGGUACUGAUAGCUGGUACUUUUAAGGGCAUGAAGAUCAAAGCCGGGGCUUUUGGGAAGGCUUCACCAGCGUAUGAUGUGCAGGUAUGUGCAGUCUACAGACAACAGUGUUGAAAAUUAUCCAAGUCAUUCAUUCAUGUAAUGUGUGCUAAACCAUCAACAUUAACCAAUGUGUAAUCAAUAAAGUUGCCAGGUUUUGAUACAAACUGCGGACAUUGGCAACAUUUGUGUUUGUAUCUCAGGUGGUAGAUGAAGCCGGUAAUGUCUUGCCCAGAGGAGUGGAGGGGAACCUUGGUAUCAGAGUGAAACCACACAAGCCUUUUUCCCUCUUUACUGAAUACACGGUAUGUAAGACCACUUCACUGCAAGUCAACUAGAUGCCACUUGGUCCCCCUGUCUGUUUUUUUCCAAUAGGAAUUGAUGAAAUAUCCACAUCAUUGAUUGAUUGAUUGAUUGAUUGAUUGAUUGACUGACUGGUCCUUCAAUUUGAUAUUGAUCUGAACCUUCUGAAAUACAUUGACACUUGGUUUGUUUCCUUGCAUCUUAAUAUUGUAAUAUUUUUAUACACCUCCAUGCAGGGUGACCCUGAGCGAACAGCAGAGUGCUACGUUGGGGACUUCUACCUGACUGGGGACAGGGGCGUCAUGGAUGAGGACGACUACUUGUGGUUCGUGGGUCGAGCUGAUGACGUCAUCCUCUCAGCUGGGUAACACUACGGUCGACUUCCUGCCCGACUGGAUGUGCAGGCCUUGCAUUGCAUCAACCAAUGGUUGCGUGCCACAUCAUCGACUGUGCAGUUGGGAAUUAGAUUGCUAUGUCAUUAUGCUGCGUUCGUAACCAAGUGGGAGGAGGGAAUUUACCAGUUGUGAAGUCGUAAAUACCAGUUGGAUGCGUUCACGUGCUUUGAACUCGUUGAGAAACCCUGAUUGGCUAAUGGCCAAAUAGCUGCGUAAAUCAUAAACUAAAAGUUCAGCUAUCAUGCUUGUAAACAAAUGAUAGUGCUCAAAAACUAUAUUAAUAAAUUGUUUUGUUGUUGCAUUUAACUGCCGAAAAUGCUGUUAUCGAGGUAAUUUCCUUAGUAGGUGAGGUCAGAGGUAACCAUGUGGAAGUAGUGGGAGCGCAGGAUCAUAGUCAGUUUCCCACUAGUAAUUACCAGUUGGAGGGCCGUUCAAGUGGAUUUUUCCCAGUUUUAUGUGUAAAUUCCCACUUUCCUCUUGGUUACAAACACAGCAUUAGUUGACAUGUUAAAUACCUAUCCAGGCGUUGUAAGAUCUACCAUGUGUCAGCAAUGUAGUCGGGCAGGAACUCAACCUAUAUCUAUGGGGCACAAAUGUCAAUUGAAAGUUCUUCUCAAUCCAUGAGUAAGCUCAAUCUGAGUCUGGGAAACUGGACAACAAUGUUUAGUUGACUAUCGCCCUAUUGGCACGGGACUAGUAUUACUAGAGAACGUUGGUUAUGUAAUUAUUACUCCAGAAUGUCCGUAAUUCCAGAGGACGAUUCGGACGGGAUUCGUUUUUUCCAAACUGCCGGCUGUAAUGAUUACUUUUAUGACGGAAGCCUGGAGUUUUUAUUCUAGUCGUGAAGAUACAGUAUUUCAACAUGUCCAGGUGAUCGGGCCACACUGAUAACUCCAGCUUGGUUCCCAAGUUUCUAAACCAUACCCAACCAUCUUUGGUAUAGUGUCGCCAUAAUAUUUGAAUUGAGGAAGUGUGAUCAUAAUCAUUAGGAUAUUUUAGCGAUCCGCAGUACGUCCUAAAUGCCCCCCAUCCUUCAGAUGUGAGCUAAUCAGUGCACUUGCACCUGAGAUCCAUUUUAAGGCUAUGGAUGAGAAAGUUAACAUAUAAUUUCCAAACGUUUAGGUCAGUUGUAUGCUGCUUUGCGAUCUAUUAACAGCAAGGGUUGCAUUAAAUAGCCGCAAUAUAUUUUUUGCACAAAACAUAUUUAAAAAAGCAUUCACUGUGUAAGUUUGUAUUUAUUAUGGAUCCCCAUUAGCUGCUGCCAAGGCAGCAGCUAGUCUUCCUGGGGUCCGGAAGAAUUAAGGCAGUUAUACAUUACAAUACAUUCAUUACAGAAUUCACAACACACUAAGUGUGUGCCCUCAGGCCCAUACUCCACUACCACAUAUCUACAACACAAAAUCCAUGUGUACGUGUGUGUAUAGUGCGUAUGUUAUCGUGUGUGUGUAUGUAUGUGUCUGUGCCUAUGUUUGUGUUGCUUCACAGUCCCCACUGUUCCAUAAGGUGUGUUUUAAUCAGUUUUUUAAAUCUAAUUUUACUGCUUGCAUCAGUUACUUGAUGUGGAAUAGAGUUCUGUGUAGUCAUGGCUCUAUGUAGUACUGUGCGCCUCCCAUAGUCCGUUAUGGACUUGGGGACUGUGAAGAGACCUCUAGUGGCAUGUCUUGUGGGGUAAGCAUGGGUGUCUGAGCUGUGUGCUAGUUGUUUAAACAGACAGCUCGGUGCUUUCAACAUGUCAAUACCCCUCACAAAUACAAGUAGUGAUGAAGUCAAUCUCUCCUCCACUUUGAGCCAGGAGAGAUUGACAUGCAUAUUAUUCAUAUUUGCUCUCUGUGUACAUCCAAGGGCCAGCCUUGCUGCCCUGUUCUGAGCCAAUUGCAAUUUUUUGUGGCACCUGACCACACGACUGAACAGUAGUCCAGGUGCGACAAAACUAGGGCCUGUAGGUCGGACCUACCUUGUUGAUAGUGCUGUUAAGAAGGCAGAGCAGCGCUUUUUAUGGACAGACUUCUCCCCAUCUUAGCUACUGUUGUAUCAAUAUGUUUUGACCAUGACAGUUUACAAUCCAGGGUUACUCCAAGAAGUUUAGUCACCUCAUCGUGCUCAAUUUCCACAUAAUUUUUUACUAGAUUUAGUUGAGGUUUAGGGUUUAGUGAAUGAUUUGUCCCAAAUACAAUGCUUUUAGUUUUUGAAAUAUUUAGGACUAACUUAUUCCUUGCCACCCAUUCUGAAACUAACUGCAGCUCUUUGUUAAGUGUUGCAGUCAUUUCAGUUGCUGUAGUAGCUGACAUGUAUAGUGUUGAGUCAUCCGCAUAUAUAGACACACUGGCUUUACUCAAAGCCAGUGGCAUGUCGUUAGUAAAGAUUGAAAAAAGUAGGGGGCCUAGACAGCUGCCCUGGGGAAUUCCUGAUUAUACCUGGAUUAUGUUGGAGAGGCUUCCAUUAAAGAACACCCUCUGUGUUCUGUUAGACAGUUAACUCUUUAUCCACAAUAUAGCAGAGGGUGUAAAGCCAUAACACAUACGUUUUUCCAGCAGCAGACUACGAUCGAUAAUGUCGAAAGCCGCACUGAAGUCUAACAAAACAGCCCCCACAAUCUUAUUAUCAUUAAUUUCUCUCAGCCAAGCAUCAGUCAUUUGUGUAAGUGCUGUGCUUGUUGAAUGUCCUUCCCUAUAAGCUGAAAAGUUGAUACAUGUAGGCCAUUAAUAUAUAGCUUAUGUGCAGCACUUCGUUCAAUUUAUCCAAUCAGUUAUCGUUUUCUUGCUCAAACCGCGAACGAGCAACACCUGUCAAACUCAGACAUUUCUCUCAAAACACAGGUAUAUCGAUUCGCACAGGACUAGCAUUACCAGAGGACCUUGGUGUUCGCCAAAAAACAGUAGGUUAUUCUGGCUGGAAUUGUUACUCACCUUCCAUGUAAAAAUUACUGACAUGGCAGAAUCGGACGGGACUAAAAUUACAGAUGUGGUGUUUUGUGCUCGUGAACAUAAUUACAUUACCUCCCCCAGUAAAACUAAUCCUGUCCGAAUAGGGCUAAAGUUUGGGUUGGUUGUUUAGGUACCGUAUUGGUCCAUUUGAGGUGGAGAACGCUUUGAUUGAACACCAGGCUGUGGCUGAGUCAGCCGUGGUCAGCAGCCCUGACCCUAUCAGAGGAAAGGUACAGUAUGGAUGGAUCAAUCAAAUCCAUUAAAGGAAUAGGUCAUCCUCACCCAAAAUCAAAGCUUGUCAGAUGAUUUCAGAGCUCAAGUUGUUAAAGUCCAUAGUCAAGCUAAGUCCAUAUUUUAUGCUAUCUUGUUGUUUAGAUCUCUAUAAAUGAACCUAUAUUGGCCUCAAUCCCAAAAUGAUUUGUAGCGAUUGCACUAUAAUUCCAGUGAAUCUUUCCGUCCAUCUUUCCAGGUUGUGAAGGCGUUUGUUGUUCUAACAGCAGAGUACAAAUCUCAAGAUCAAGAUCAACUUAAGAAAGAGUUACAGACGUAUGUGAAGAAAGUUACUGCACCGUACAAGUAUCCACGCAAGGUAAUUGUUAUUAUUUUGUAAAGAUACUUAUCAUUGAAAAAAGGUUGAUCAAUAUCUAUUAGGCAAAAUAAGGUAUUUAGACUUUUCUCCUCUUGACAGAUAGAGUUUGUGGAACAGCUACCAAAGACAGUCAGUGGUAAAAUCAGAAGAGUGAAGCUAAGGAACAAAGAAUGGGGACGAUCCUGAAUCGUUUGAGGAUAAUCUGUUGUACAGUCUUAUUGGAACUGUGAAGAGAAGGUUUAAAACGUUUAUCAAAUCGCACCGUCUUUUCUUACUAGCACCGACUUUUCUUACUAGCACCGUCUUUUCUUACUAGCACCGACUUUUCUUACUAGCACCGACUUUGCUGAUAACUACUUAAUUGAGGAAAAAUGUACUUACUGUGAUAUGUGGUUGUCUCACACUAUCUUAUGAUGAAUGCACAAACUGUAAGUUGCUCUGGAUAAGAGUGACUGGUAAAUUACUAAAAUGUAAAU